GUAAAUAUGGCUCAAAAAUGAACUGAUUAAGUUUUUGUGGUUAAAGGUCAAUGUGAAAUCAGCCCCAUCAUUACAAACACACUAUCUACCUGAGAAGUUCCUGUCAAAGGUCAUAGCUAGUAAAUAUAUUGUGUCCCUUUAGUCCAGUAGUCAUAUCAAAGACCACAGGUUUUCCUUGGUUGUUCUCAGAGAUGCCACUCCCAGCUUUGCCCAGCUUUGCCUGUGUAAAUCUGUAGAUUCCAUGCGUAGCUGGUUUUUGCAGCCUGCCCAGAUUUGUUUACUACCCAGGCUUACUGGGUAUGUAUUGUUGGAAAGGGAAAAGGACGAGACGUUCAUUGUCAUCUCUGGGUUGAACAUCAGUGGAAGGCGCUGCACCCAUCUAUCACAGUCAUCCCUGAUGAGGGCAAGCUUGUCAGAUCUUGAUCUGGUAUCUCUUGAAAACUCUUGAUAUCAUGUGAAAGGUCUGAAGUGACAGUGGCCUCAUUGAGUGAUCUGCACACCCCAGCAAUGCCUGUUUUUGUUUGGAUUGACAGGGUCGAAACCGCCCCUACCAAAACAAAGGUCAUCAUUUCAAACUGAGCAUUUUAUUAUUUAGUGAACAUUUUGUAUUUUGUUGAAAUAGAGGUUCCUGACAAAGUCAAAAAGCCUUGAUGCAUAAAAACAAAAUGAUGUGCUUCUAUUAUGCAUUUUAAAUUUAAAACAGGUCAGUGUCGAGCCUAACACAAUCAUUUUUUGACUGUAGGAUGAAGUCACAUGCAACACUGUUCCUUUUAUUUAAUUGUUUUGCAAGCCUCCACCACCUCCUGUCUAUUAUUAUUUGAUUAUGUCUCUGCCUUAACUUUUAUAUCAUGCACAAUGAACUAAGAUGUGAAUUAAAAGAUGCAAAGGUUUUUUAAUUCUGAUACAUUUGGGAGAGAUUUACUAAAGAUUUACAAAACACACAAGACGCAGAUUCCAACUCCCGUGUCGGCCUGCAGGGGGCACGUGGGAGCCGCGUGCGUGUAUCCAGUGGUGCACAGAAAGGUUGUGCUUGGAGAGGCAGGGACGCAGACUCACGCAGGACUCCUCGCUGCUCCGAGAGGAGGAGAGACUCCUCACUUCACCUUCAGCGUGUGGGGGAAACGCACCACGUAGAGCCAAUCGAUUAGUUUAUUUAACGCGCAUUCAUUCAUUCUACUGAGGAUCGAGUGCUGCUGGACUUCAGCCCACGAGACACUAAAGGGAACCUUUUAUUUCUAACCGACUACUACGCAGAAGGAGACGAUUUGCUGCAGAGGGUCCCCUUGCAGAUCCAAGCCUUCUGAUGUUGGCUGACAUUGGGGAACAAGAGAUGUCGCCCUGAUUGCUGUUUUGUUGGGGCCCAGCUUUACAUUACGCAAAAUGUCUACCACAACGGAAAGUGGGAUGGCAGGGCCUUGGAACACAAGCAGAGAGAAAACGUACAAAAAGACCACGUCAUCGGCCUUGAAGGGGGCCAUUCAGCUCGGUAUUGGCUACACCGUGGGCAACCUCACCUCCAAGCCUGACCGAGACGUGCUUAUGCAAGACUUCUAUGUAGUGGAGAGUGUCUUUUUGCCCAGUGAGGGAAGCAACUUGACCCCGGCCCAUCGCUAUCCUGACUUCCGUUUCAAGACCUAUGCUCCGCUGGCCUUCCGCUACUUCAGGGAUCUGUUUGGCAUCAAACCAGACGACUACCUGUACUCCCUGGUUAAUGAGCCUCUGAUUGAGCUCACCAACCCCGGAGCCAGCGGCUCCCUCUUCUACCUAACCAGCGAUGACGAGUUCAUCAUUAAAACCGUCCAGCACAAAGAGGCCAAGUUUCUCCAGAGAUUACUGCCUGGAUACUAUAUGAAUCUGAACCAGAAUCCGCGAACACUGCUGCCCAAGUUCUAUGGACUGUACUGCAUCCAGUCCGGAGGCAUCAACAUCCGACUGGUGGUGAUGAACAACGUGUUGCCACGCUCCGUCAAAAUGCACUACAAAUACGACCUGAAGGGAUCCACCUACAAGAGACAAGCGUCCAGGAAAGAGAGAGAGAAGGCGUGUCCCACCUACAAAGACCUGGACUUCCAGGACAUGCACGAAGAAGGUCUUUACUUUGACCCGGAGACGUACAACAACCUGAUGAAGACGCUGCAGAGAGACUGUCGGGUGCUGGAGAGUUUUAAGAUCAUGGACUACAGCCUGCUGCUGGGUGUGCAUGUCCUGGACCAGAGUCACCGAGAGGGGGCUGAGCUGGGCCAGGCAGGGGGGGACGGGAGGAGACCUGUGGGUCAGAGGGUCCUUUACUCCACUGCCAUGGAGUCCAUCCAGGGAGAUGGCAAGGCUGCAGAAGCCCUCACCACAGACGACACGAUGGGUGGCAUCCCAGCCAAAACACCCAAGGAAGAAAAGCUGUUCAUAUUCCUUGGUAUCAUUGAUAUCCUACAGUCAUACAGGUUCAUUAAAAAGUUGGAACACUCCUGGAAAGCCCUGGUGUACGAUGGCGACUCCGUCUCGGUGCACCGGCCCGGCUUUUAUGCAAGCCGCUUCCUCAAGUUCAUGAGCACACGGGUCUUCAGAAAGACUCUGCCACUGCGAUUCUCCCCUUCAAAGAGGACUCGUACGUCCAUCCCGGCCCUGAAGUCGUCCUCACAGGAGAUCCUUUCAAUGCAUGCAGAUGAGAGGAAAAGGGAGGACAGGAGGGACAGGCUGGGAGGGGCCUGCAGCCUCGCUAGUCUGGACGGACAAGCUGUGUUUGGCUCGUACCUGCGUCCAGAUCUGGUCCCUGCCAACCCGUCCCUCUACGAGGGCUCCUCCAUGGGAACCAACUCCUCCAUCUUUGUCAACGUGGACAACCACACACAGAAAAGAGCGGACGCUGCAUCCAGCUCCACGUUUACCCUGGAAGACAGUGCCAUCUGCCUCACUUCAGAGCAGAGCACCAUGGAUGUGGACUUAGACCGGGAUGACGGAUCGGUUCUCGAUGUCUAUUUGUGAAAAGAUCAGCUUUACAACUUUCAUUUCUCUUGCCAAAUCAAGACAAUCACCACACUCCAUUGGCCGGGCCGGGCCGACUCCACUUCCAGUGCUGCUAGAUCCAUGUUGCCACAUGUAUUGCCAACACAUAAAAAUAAUCUUCGAUUGUCCUCUGGUUGAUGGACUAAAAGAAGAGACCAACAAGAGUCCCAGCGAUGGACACCUGCAGUAACCAUGUGAUGAACAUCAUGCUUAACUGAGUGUCCACGCAGUGCCAUUAAGUUUUAUAUAUGUAUACUGUUUUCAUGGCCUACACAAAGAUCUGAAUAUUUACUACAUUGCAGAGGAGGGAGAGGGUAGAUAGAUUUCUUUAAUUUUUUUUUUCUUUCUGCUGACCAGGAAAAAAAUGAAAAAGAGCAUUUCAAUGUUUGCCACUGCACACGUUGUGGAUCAAAGAAAUGUUUACAGUGACUUUAUGAUGGCAUCUUUGUCCCUCAAGACACAAGCUCACAGCCAACAGAUAAGAAAAGACUCAAAUGAACAGACUUGAUGGAUCCCGUACUACGUGCUGCCCGGACAGAGCUUCUGUGAAGGGAAGUGAGGUUACUGGAUCUUGGAUGAGGCAACGAAGCAGAGGGAUGAUGGACCAGAUCUUGAUCAAAAGGCAAUAUUGACAUUGGUUAUGAUCACUGUAAGACAUAUUUCUUCUCUGAAGAUGUUGCUUUGGUGGGUGGGCUACUUUACUAAAGCACAGAUUUGCAUAUGUGAUAGCACUUUUUUUUCCUCUUUAUACUCUUCAAUGCACACCUUUGUCAGUCAUUGAAUCUACAUAGAACAGUGAAGGACAAUUGUAGAUUAUUUUUGAUGUGGAGCAAAUAGGUUUUUUUGUCAUGACUGAAGAUGCUUUCACUCAGGAUAUCCUUUGACACUGAAGUGUGUCCUUUUGAAGAAGUAAGGAGUCAUGCCUAAGCUAUCGAUACCUCUUCAUCAAGACCAUAUUCAACUAUAAAUGUUGAAUUCCACCAUUUAUUGUGUAAAUCUCUACCAUUUGCUAAAAGAAAAUGUUUAAUCGCUGAAUGUAAAGACAAUGCAUAUUUAUAUUUAGAGACUCCUACAAAUAAACUGCUUAAACUUCA